UCAGCAGUGCCACAAAACUUUCCACAAUCCACCUGGAACUGCCCACCUUCACUUUUUGGCCUGCAUUUAUUUGUUCUUUGCAGCUGCUAUAAUUUCAGGCAAUACCAGAGCGACUUUUUGCCUGCUGAGAGGGCGGGUUUCUGUGUUUGCCCAACCCUGUUUGCGGCCGCGGGAAGUAAUUAGGUCAUUCGGCUCCGCUCCGCGCGCCCCCUCCGUCAGGCGCAAUGCCGGCUACUGUCUCCGACGCACCGGCCGUCGCCCUUUCCUUCGCAAACAACUUCUGGGGAAAGGACGAUGCCGGUGUUCCACCACUCCUCGAGCGCAUGCACAAUGCGAAGCAAACAUGCGACGAGCUUCGCGCAUUCUACAGCGCACGCGCAUCCAUCGAGGACGAAUAUGCGCGGAAACUCAUGUCGCUGUCGCGAAAAGCGCUGGGCUCGCAAGAGAUGGGCACCCUGAAGCAGUCGCUCGAUGUCGUCCGCGGCGAGGUCGAGUCCAUGGCCAAGCAGCACCAGAGCGUGGCGGCCCAGAUGAAGAGCGAGCUGGAAGAACCCCUCGCAGCGUUUACGGGCGCCAUGAAGGAGCGGCGCAAGAUUGUGCAGAACACGGUGGAGAAGCUGCUCAAGGUCAAGGUGCAGCAGACUCAGCUGGUCAACAAAACGCGCGACCGCUAUGAACAGGAAUGUCUCAAAAUCAAGGGCUACCUCGCCCAAGGCCACAUGGUCAUGGGUCAGGAAGAGCGCAAGAACAAGGCCAAGCUGGAGAAGACGCAGAUCAGCUUGGCGACAUCCAAUGCGGAGUACGAGGCCGCCGUCAAGGCUCUGGAGGAAACAACCGCCCGCUGGAAUAGGGAAUGGAAGGCGGCCGCCGACAAGUUCCAGGACCUUGAGGAGGAGCGCCUCGACUUUACCAAGAGCAGUCUGUGGACCUUUGCCAACAUCGCCUCGACCGUUUGCGUGAGCGACGAUGCGUCGUGCGAGAAGAUCCGGCUAUCCCUCGAGAAGAUGGAGGUUGAGAAGGACAUUUAUACCUUCAUCAAGGAAAAAGGGACCGGUCAAGAGAUUCCCGAUCCUCCCAAGUACAUCAACUUCUGCCGUGGCGAUGUCGACUCGCAAUCGGACGCCUCCGAAGACGAGAACUACUCGGUCGCGCAGUUUCCGAGGAGCAUCAAUCCGGCGUUCCGCUCAUCUUCCCCCCAGCCGUCCACAUUCGAGUCCCAUCACGACCCCAACUCGGCGCUGGCCAGAGAUCUGAAGCACAGUGAUGCCACGACACCAAAGGGCCGAGAGGUUUCCGUGACUUCCCAAAGGGUCCCGAUCAUUCCCACUCAGCAACAGCAACAACAACCACAGCAGCAGCAGCAGAAACAGGACAAUCAGCGGGCAAAGAGCCAGCCACCAAGGGGUUACCACCCUCCUCAGGCCAGUAGCUUGGAAUAUGACCCCAAUGACUUUGCUCCCGUCCCCCACGACCCAUACCCGAUGGACGGCAUGACUAUGCUUUGCAGGCCCACCGGUUCGGACCUGAGCACCGCACCGUCGACAUCUUCUGCGCGCCCCUCUAGCAGAGACUCGCACAGCGAGACGUCGUUCUCGAGUCAAGAGCCACCAGUUCCCGCCUCGCCUGUCAAGCAAGAGCAGCCACAGCAACAACAGCAGCAGCCACAACAGCAGCAGCAGCAGCAGCAACAACAACAGCAACAGCAACAGCCUUCUCCCUCGGCCUCUCCCGACAAGAAGGUUCUGAAAAAGAAGAGUGGCUUUUUCCAAAAUCACAGCCCCUUCCGGCGGAAGAGCACAAAGGAGGUAGCGCAGUCGAACCGGAACACUUGGCAUCCCUCGAAUGGCCACAGCCGUCCCCAGCUUGCUGCCGCUCCCAAGGAGAGCAACGAUCAGAUCAUUGCGCCGGAGCGGAGCAUGAGCCCGGAUCCGAUUGCCGCAAAUGCGAGCCUCGCGCUAAACGUUGGGCAGAACGUAUUCGCCGUCGAGACCCCUGACCGCCAAAAGCAGGUAACCGGGCCGGCCACUCCAGAGGAUGACCCCAUUGCACUGGCGCUGGCCGAGCUCAAAGGCAUCAAGACCGGCAAGACCCCAGGCUCGAGGGUGUCGGCAGACCACUAUCACGGCAUCGCGACGCCCGGGCCUGGUGCCAGCCCAUCGCGGACCAUACCAGGAGACAGCAACAGUAGCAACAACAGCGUCGUGGCGGCCGCGAUGCGUGGCACCCCGCCGCCGUCCUACGAUCAGCAAGUCCAAGUCCAGCGUCUCGGGGUCCCCCCACCAGCAGUUACCUCGAAGGCAAUGAAGGAAGCCUCACAGAAGUUCCAGCAACAGACCCGCAGCCUCUUCACCCAGACCGACCGUCCUGGUUCUGGUGGAGGCUACGGCAGCCGGCCAGGCACCCGAGGCGGUGGCAGCGACGUGCCGCGCGCCAUCUCGCCCGCCCCGCAGCAGCGGAGCGUCUCCCCGCGCCCGACCUCGCGCGCAAGCCCACACUAUGGCUCUUCCCACCAGCAGCAGUACCGCUCAGCGUCACCGAGUCCGUAUGCUGGAAGCCAGCACCGCUCGGUGUCGCCGGCUCCCUACGCCGGCAGCCAGCGGGGCUCGAUGUCCAACUCCUACUACGGCAGCGGCAGCAGCAGCGGCAAUAACCAGCACCGUGGCUCCGUCAGCGCUGCCUCGCCCAACGACAUGGCGCGCUCGGUGAGCCCGGCCCCCUACAGCCCGCGGGGCUCGGCGGCAAGCCCGUCUCCGUUCAGCAGCAGCGUCGGUGCUAGGGGCUCGGCGGCCAGCCCCGCUCCGUUCAGCCCGCGCAGCUCGAUGCAGGACCACAACGUCGGCCGGCCGGGUAGCAGCAUGAGUAUGGGACGGGGACCGACCGGCGGCGGCGGCGGCGGUGGUGACUCGAUGGCGGUGCAACUCGCGCCCGUGUCGCCCGGGGGCGGCGGGGGUGGACUUUAUCAGGACGACGGGGGCAGCGGGUACGGAACCGGGUCGAUGCGGGGCCGGCAUGCCCGGUCGAACACGGCGACCAGCAUGAGCAUGCGCGGCGGCGCGGGUGCUAAUGCCGGCGCCAUGGGCCUGUACGAGGGCGCCGGCCCCGUGCAGGCUGGCUCGAGGAUGAGGAGCAGGAGCGUCGCGGCGGAUCCGAAUCGGUAUACCAGGGACGGGAGGCCGAUCUUGCACUUUGCCCGCGCGUUGUACAUGUAUCAGGCGGCGAUACCCGAGGAGCUCGGGUUCGCGAAAGGCGACAUCCUGGCCAUCCUGCGGCACCAGGACGACGGCUGGUGGGAGGCUACGGUGCAGGGCGGAUCCGGACAGGUCGGGCUGGUCCCGAGCAACUACCUGCAGCCUUGCUGAGACUAGUUAGUCUAACUCGGGGGGAAGCUGCCUGAGCUGAGCUCUGCUUGCUUGGGUUGGUGCCUUUUAAGGAGAUGAGGGCGUGGUGAGAGGAGGACGGUGUUGAAGUUCGCUCAAGUUUGUUGCCGGCUGGAGCAUUCAGCUGGGAGUUCUGGCUGUCGUUGUUUUUCUUGUGGAUGAUGAUGAUGUAGGGGUGGUUCAGGGGGGCGCAUCUUUUUUAUUCUUCCGCCGGGACGAUGUGAGAUGAUAUCUU